ACUCGAUGGACCAUCACACAAUAGCAUCGAGUACCCAGACCCCCAUGAACUAUGGGCCAGUGACCCUGGAUGAUAAGCUGAGAUUGGCAGCUAGCAAAGGCCAGGAUGUAACUGUUAAGGAACUUAUUGCAUCUGGUGCAACCUUCCAACCAGAUAGGGAAGGAAGAACUGCCCUUCAUUAUGCUGCUCUCAAUGGUUAUGCAGAUCUUGUACGCUUUCUCAUUGCAGCUGGUGCGGAUGUCGAUGCACAAGAUAAUCUUGGAUAUACUUCGUUACAUCGAGCAGCAGCCCAAGGUCACACUGAGGUCAUCCAAGCUCUCUUAGAUGAGGCAUGUGCGCUAGAUCGUCAGGACGAGCACGGCAACGCAUCGCUUCACGAGGCAGCCUGGAACGGCUAUAGUCGCAGUUUGGAGGCCAUGGUUAAAGCGGGCGCUAAUGUUAAUGUUACCAACAAAGCUGGGUUCACAGCACUUCACCUUUCUGGUCAGAAUGGCCACAACCAGAGUGCCAGGGUUCUGCUCUACGGAGGGUGCAAUAGUGAUGCCAAAAAUAAUUAUGGGGACACAGCCCUUCACACGGCAGCUAGGUACGGUCAUGCAGGUGUGACUAGGAUCCUCAUCAGUGCCAGGUGUAAUAUCAACGCACAGAACAAGAAUGAUGAUACUGCCCUACACAUAGCAGCUGCUCUAAAACGCAAGAAAAUAGCCAAGAUUCUUUGCGAGGCUAAAAUCAACUUGAAUCUUCGUAAUAAGCAAAAUGAAACAUCCUCAGAUGUGGCUCGUAGAAAGGAUUACCCAGAAAUCCUCCUGAUAAUCACGACACCCUUCAAGAAAUUACGAGGAAGAGAUAAAAGAGAUGGCGGUAAGAAGUCGCGUCAUAAAUUGAGGUACCCAAGUGAUACUGAUGGGUCCAGAGGAGGCGGAGUUUCACAAACUGAAGAUGAGGCUGAAGCUGUCAAAUCUGACAGUUCUGAUGGAAGAAAACCAACUUUUUGUUUCGGUAAAUCUAAGAAGAAGAAAAAGAAGUCUUCAAAACAGUCCAAAUCAUCAAAGAAACCUCUACCCGUAAAGCAGAGAUCACCCUCCCCCUCACCCCCCAAGCGAGUGCACCAGGGGGUGGGUGGAUCACAACUACCCCCCAGGUCAAUCCUGAAGGGCACAAACACACAAAACCCAGCCAACCAGUUUGGCUUCUUCAAUAAAUAUGUGCCACGUGCUGGAAGUACAUACUAUAAAGAUUUGGCUGGCAAUGUUAAACAGGGUCCCAUGGGAUUUGCACCUAUAUGUAACUGUGGUCCAGUCCUUAAGAAACUAGACCAGAAGAUUGAAUCUGGUAAGCACAAUAUGUACGACCACGUUGACGCUAUGCAUCAGACACUUGAUACCCGAAUUGACCAAUUAGAGCGCAGAACAGCUCAACAGGUGUACGCCAUAGAUAAACUCACUAAAGAGCGUGUAGAGAAUACAUCGAGUGAAUGUAUGCGUCAUAUUGACACACAAGUGAAGCAAACAAAACGAGAUACUCACCGCAUGAUCGAACAACAAGCCAAUCAUAUCAGCUCAGAUUUGAAAUCGUGGGCAGAGCAGCGAUUUAACCGCACAGACAAUAAUGGUCACAAUCACACGUGUGACUUUUACGAUCCAACUAAUGUCCCACAUAGUGAAACAUUCCAUGAUGGCUUCGCUGGAGUAGAUGCUAAUGACGAUGUUCCAAUGCCAGGAAAACUAGUGAGGUCAAGGUCAGAUGAAAGCCUUUCCGCUAGCGGAUCAAAAUAUAAGUAUAAGCUACACAAGAAAUGGGCGCGUGAUGAUGCACCAUUAGGUGCAAUAGCUAGACAAUUUAAAGAGAUGAGAAUUCAACAACAACAACAAAAUAACAACAACAUUCAUCCUCAUCAACCUUUGUUACAUAAUGGACAUCACCAAGGUUACGGGGGUUCAGGCUUCAAUGUAAACAACCUAUACCGCAAUAACUCCACCCCUAACCAGUUUGCUCCGCCCAUGAAAGCCAAUGCCCCUCCCCCACAGAACAAUCAAUACAACAAGCAAUACAGGACACAAGAUGUCCAUAUAAAUAGACAAGAAAACCAAUUUAAUAGUAAUCAAAAUAACCAGAUUAGAAACUAUGAAAAUCAGAUGCGAUCAAAUGAUCAUAUGGGUACAUACAGGAGUAACUCACUAGGCAGAGACAGACAAUACUCACAACAACAACAAGCUCAGCCAAUCCAACAGGACUCAAGAAUCCCUAGAACACCAACAAAGCAAACAAUUCCAGCAAUGCAAUUGGAUAACCGAAAUGCAGGUACCAGUAUGCCCUCCCCUCAUAAUAAGCCCUCUUCAUACAGGCAGACACGUCCAAACACAUAUCAUGAUAAUCGAACGGAGAGGGAGCAGCUUCGAGUGCAUGAUCAACCCACUCAGCGUGGUCA